AUGAAUGAGAAGGAGCUCCCCGAGCAGUUGAGAGAUGAUAACUUAAGCGAAGAAACCAAGACAUUAAUCUCUUCGCUUCCUUCGACCAAAGAUUUUAUAGGGAAGCUCUACAACUACCAAGGAUGUUGGUACUAUCCCAACACCCUCCAAGGUGUCCUGAACUUCCAGAAAGGUUUCAAGCCUCAAGAAACCGACAUAAUCAUCGCUUCUUACCCUAAAUCUGGCACCACUUGGCUCAAAGCUCUCACUGUCGCUCUCCUUGAGAGAUUGAAGGACAUUUCUUCUUCUGAUGCGCUUCACCCUCUGCAAUCAGAUAAUCCUCAUGGCAUAGUACCCUUCUUGGAGUUCGGUUUGUAUCUCAAAAGCUCAACACCUGACCUGACCAAGUUCUCAUCUCCCAGGCUGUUCUCGACACACAUGCCGUUACAUACGCUUCAAAUACCCUUCGAGGACUCUCCAUGCAAGAUCGUAUACGUGUGCAGGGACGUGAAGGACGUGUUGGUAUCGCAAUGGUAUUUCAGGUGCGCUUAUCUUCAAAAAGAAUUAGACAAAAGGCUUCUAGAGUCUUUAUUUGAGUCGUUAUGCAAUGGAGUUGGCUAUUUUGGACCCUUUUGGGAACAUGUACUAAGCUAUUGGAGAGGUAGCUUGGAAUAUCCCAAGCAUGUCCUCUUCAUGAGGUACGAGGAAAUGAAGUCAGAUCCUGCUGUUCAGGUUAAGAGACUUGCAGAGUUCUUGGGUUGUCCAUUCACCGAGGAGGAAGAAGAAGAAGAGAGCGGAUCUGUGGACAAGAUCUUGGAACUUUGUUCUCUGCGUAGUCUGAGCAGUAUGGAGAUCAACAAGACUGGAAGUAAGUACGAUGUGCAUCAUUCUAAUUAUUUCCGCAAAGGAGAAGUGGGCGACUCCAAGAAUCAUCUGACUCAUGAGAUGGAAAAUAAAAUCAACAUGAUCAUCGAGGAAAAAUACAAAGGCUCCGGUUUUAAAUACUGAAUGAUGUGUAAUUUGUGCUUUCCUUCAAUGGAUAUAUAUCAACUUUAAAAAAUAAAAUCAUUAAUG